UUGGUCUUCUAAACAUCAGCGUAGUUGCAUAAAUAAACUCUCUCACACACAGACCAGAAACCAACUAGUAUAACAAACAACAAACAAGAACCGCCUCAAAGAUGGAUCAAUCUGUCUCAUCUCUUGCAUUCAAAGGUUCCAUUCUUGAAGCAAUCACUGAAGCCAAAAGGCAGAAGAAACUUUUUGUUGUUUAUAUAUCAGGGGACAAUGAAGACUCCAUCUCUAUGGAUCAAUCUACUUGGUUGGAUUCAAGUGUUGCUGAGUCAUUAUCAAAGUACUGCAUUUUAUUGCACAUUUUGGAAGGAAGCACAGAUGCUGCUCAGUUUUCAGCAUUAUACCGACAGAAAGCCGCUCCCUGUAUAACUGUUAUUGGAUAUAAUGGUGUCCAACUAUGGCAAAAUGAGGGAUUUGUCAGUGCCGAAGUUCUGGCUUCAAACUUUGAGAAAGCAUGGUUGAGUAUCCAUGUCCAGGAAACAACUGCCACUUUCUUGACUGCAGCACUUGCCUCGAGACAGUCUGAAUCAAUUCCUUUUGAAGCCCCUCCUACCGCUUCACGUGAUCCUGGUGAUUCUUCUUCGGCACCUUCAUCAACUAAUCCUACUGCUAGUGCUUCAUUAGACAAAAAAGACAUAGAUCAUGACAAAGAUAAGUGUGUGAAUGAAACACCACCGGUUGAGAUAAUAUACUCAAAACUUGGUGAUGAUGCGUCUCAUGAGCCGCUUGUUGAUAAAUUGGAAGAAGUUGAACAACCAGUUACGACAAAUAGUGAACCAUUUACCCAAGCGACUCCGAGUGCAAGUGAUUCUGGAGCUAACACAAAACCAUGCUUAAAUGUUAGUCGUGAAGCAAAGCUUUCUGAAAGUUUGCAUACCGAGGUGGUGGAUAAAAUAACCGAUUUGCCUUUAAAAAAAUCAACUGAUAUAUAUCUGAAUAUAAGAUUGCCUGGGGGAGCAAGUCUACAAGAGAAAUUUGAACCUACAAGCACUCUGAGAGUGGUGAAAGAUUAUGUGGAUGAAAAUCAAGAAAGUAGCAUUGGCUCUUAUGAUCUAGCCGUUCCGUAUCCUCGCAAGGUUUUCACUGACCAAGAUUUAAGCAAAACAUUAACAGAGUUAAAUCUGCUUGAUAGACAAGCCUUGAUAGUGGUUCCACAUCUUCAAACCGGGGGUCUACGCAGUGGACAAUCUGCCAUACCCAGCCAGUCUGUUUCCACGAGUGCUGCUGGCUCUUCAGACGGGGAAAGUUAUUUUUCACUUGUUAAACGAUAUCUAUCGUAUGUAAAUCCUUUGGCCUAUCUUAGCAGUGGAGGUGCCAAUUCCUCAACUUCUGUACAGGAAACGCAGAGAACUAUGCCAGAAUCUGGCAACUUUACGGGUAGCAGAAGAUCCUACCUCGUAACAUCAAACCAAAGAAGUGGUAGCAUACCGUCAACUGCUAGAAACAACAAACCAAGUUCAUCCAGAUUUGGAAGUGGAAGCAACAUCCACACACUGAAACAUGAUGAAGAUGAUGCCAAAUUCAGUGGUAAAAACGCUUUCUGGAACGGAAAUUCCACAGAAUAUGGUGGUGAUGGCGACAACAAGUGAGACCUCACAAUUACAAAAACACCUCUGUUAUAUAUUUAUUUCUAAAAAAACCUUGCACAUAGUACUUCUCAUAAAUUUCAAGUAAUAAAUAUGUUGCCUAAUAUGAAUGUUAAUCACCAGUCAUUUUUUUGAGUCUCUAAA